AGUCAAUAACUCUUUACUCAACUGUGACUGCUGAUGCUCAGUUAGAUUUGGAAGUUGUCCCAGAAAAAGAUAGCUGCUCUUCUCACAAAUCACCAAGCACUAAUAGCCUCAGUUGUUCUGAAGCAGCUGAUCCAAAACAAAAUGAGAUUGAACAUUCAGUAUCUGUGAGCAGAAGUACAUCAAAUACAAAGCUCCAAGACCAUGAAACUAAUGUCAGAAUUACUGUUGAAUCUUCAAAUUCAAAUGAAAAUAAUAUAGGCAGAAGGAAAAUCAAUUUGCCUCUUGUGAAUGUAGAUGCAAUGAGCAUUUUGCAUGAAGAGGAAAAAGGAAUUGUGCCAAUUCUAAAAUCCGAGAUAAUUGAGCUUAGUGAAUCUGAUAUGGAGCCUUUAGCCAAUGCAAUGGAUACUGCCUCUGACCGUACAGAAAAACCUCACAAAAUUUGUGAAUCUCUAAAAAAAGAUGGAGAUGUCCGUACUGCUAAUCAAGAGAAAUGUCUACCUCAAGAAGUGAACAGCAAUGACAGUAUUGGCUCAUCACUGCAACUUCAUAAGAGGGAGGAAAGUAAAAAUGAUCCUGGGACAACAACUCUUAAAGCUGAUCAAGAUCAUCUGUGGUCUGUUUACCUGUUAUCAGCCUCCCCUGCAUCUGCACCUGAUGUUGCAUUCCUCCACGUUGAAGAAAGUCUUACCUCUGACAUUGAACCUGGUCAGCUUGUGGAGAUCAUCUGUGAGAGGAAGUUACCUUCAUGGUACCUAACUGUAUUACAUUGUUGCCAGGAAGUUCAAAUUAAAAGCCCUGAGAAAGAUUCAUCAGACAAAAGAUACAGAGACAAUGUGCUCGUGCUCGCUGCUGAAGAUCUGAAAUCAUCCAGAGACAAGAACUUCACCAGAAACACAUACUGGGUUGCAAAGGUUGUAUCUGCUUGUGGUCCCCUAUUGAGUGUGCAGUAUAUGUUGCCGAAGACUGUUAUGUCUGACAAUUUAUGGGUGCAGAUAGGAACGGAUCAAGUGUAUGCAGUGGGACAUGGAGAGAAGCAAGGCAUCGUCCCAGCCCCUCCAGUUGAUGUCAUUCUACAACUCAGUGGCUCAUAUCUGAAAAAUUCUAUUUUUCAAGAUUCUUACAAAGAAAAAACUUUGCUUUCUGAGUCUCAAGAUGUUCAAUUGGUGGCAGAAUUGCUGCAAUUUCUCCAUGCAUGUUCCAAGAAACAUGUGAGUGUUAAUGAAGCAGCACUGAAGACAGAAACGAUGCCCUCAUUCAAGCGGCUGAAAGCAGGAGGAUAUGUUGAGGUUCUUUCCCAUGCUGCAAGCAAGAACGGUUGGCCAGCUUGCAUUGAACAGAAUGUGGGAGGAAGACUUCUUUUGAGAUUUGUCCACCCUGACUGGCUCAGUCAAAUUUCUGUUGGCAAGAUGCAGUCAAACGAAAUGGAGAAAUCUGAUAACUUUCGGGAAACUAAGGGUGGCUCCAAAACCACUGCAACUUGUGAUGAUGUUAAAAAGGAAGAAAAUGACUUGAAAGUCAAUGAAGAAAGAUCAGUUCAUUUAAUGUCUGCAAAUAAAAGCAAACAAAAGGAAUUUUGGAUAUUUUGCACUGAUAGAAGAUUGAAGAAUAUUGGGUGGAUUGCUAAACGAUAUGCAGAGGGUUAUAGGUAUGUUGAUCCCGUAUCGCUGGAGGCCACUCCAGUGGUGCCCAGUGAUUUCUGCCAAGCGCUCAAUAAUAACAGCGAUAUGCUCGUGCCUAUCACGCUUCCUGUGUCUUGGUCAGCUGAGCUAAAGGAUACCAUCUGCUACAACAGUGAUGAUUGCAGUCAUAAACUUCAGGACACCUCUGUGCCUACAGCUAAAGGUGCUACACCUCCUUCUGGUGCUAAUCGUGAUGAAGGUGAACAUUUUGAGGCCGCUGAUAUGGUAGAUACUGCCAUUGAUGUUGCUGAAGUUGGCUGUGCUUUGGAGGAUCCUAUUAGUGAAAAAGAAAAUGAGCGCAAAUUAGGUGGCGAAAUGAUAGCAGGGCGUGAAUAUCCAACUGAAAAGGUAGAAACAUUACUCAAUAAUGGAAAAACUCUCAGUACAAGCCCUAUGCGUGAUGUUGCAAAGGAUCUGUGCCGUGCUGCUGAUAGUAUCAUUCCAUCAUCUGACAAAAUGAGUCGGACCAAACAAGAGGACAAGAUAAUCUCUGACAGUUGCAUGCUUAACUCUGGUCCUUCUGUUCAUAUCCCUACGAACAAGCAAAUGCUGGCGGUUGAUUUAGUCAAAAAUGAAAUGAAACAAAACUCGGCUGAAGAAGGAUCCAUUAUUGGUCUGGAAACGGCAAACGACUUUACAGGAAAAUGUGGAUUUAUCAGUGCAAGUCCUUUAAGUACAAGCAAUGCUGAUAAUGCUGUAUCCAGCUGUGAUAAAUCUGGGUUGCCAAAAACAAUUGUUCAAGCUGUUAAAGUUUCGGCAUUGGUGGAAACAGAUGCCGCAACAACAAAACAAUUUUAUGUUGAAAAGCUGGAGAGUCAUGCAGAAGAUGAAUCCAGGAAACUCGGCAACAAUGCAUCGGCAGGAACUAUGACAGAAAUCGGUGUUGCGUCCAUUAGUUUGGGCAACGCAAAUAAGGAACCUAAUGGUGAAGAUCAACAUAAUAGUUCAGAGAAAGCAAAUAAUAGUGAUGAAAACUUUCUGUCUAAAAAUUUUGAUGCUGCUGAAUAUGUAUCAGCCAAGGCAAUGAUCCAUGAACUGAACGAAAAAACUCAGUGCAAUGAGGUCUCCAUUGAGAGACUUUCUCAAGGAACAAGUCUCACCAAACCUAUAAAUGCACUCGGAAAUGAAUCAAAAUUGAGUAGGUCCGAUGUUAACUCUUCUCAGGUUAUCACUGCUAAUAUUUGUGAGGAACCUAUUGCAGAACACUCCGUGGGGAUAAACUUGGCUCCAUCGAAUCAACCUGCUGACACCUCAUGUUCUGUAAAAAGUAAACUCUUCAUUAGUACCAGUGAAUGUGAAACUGAGCACACUGAUUGCAAAAUUGAAAUAGAUUCUUUAGAUGGGAAUAUUCCAUCACCUGAGUUACAAAGGGUCAGCUUAGGAGCUGAACUUGGAAAUAGGGCGACCACCAGCGAUCUCACGAAUAGAAAUGUUCAAGUCGAAUCAUGUGACUUUGACUCUGAUGUUCGGGUGAUAACGAUUGGGCAAUGCGUUGUAAAUUCUCCCACUAAAACCCGAAAUGUUGAGCCUGUUGUAGCCGUCAUUUCAAAUGAUGAUUCGAUGACAUGUAAUGUCGACGGAACGCUUGACGUGAAAAGUCGAAACACAUCUCAAGUGCAGCAGGAAACAGGAGAUGGAAACGCGCCCCAUGUCAGUGACUGCUCGAAGAAAAAUGAAUACAGCAAUAAAUCUGAACAUGCGACUGAAAUUAGAGAUGUACCUGUUAACGAUUUUUCGGCAGCUUGUGAAAUAAUUCUGAGUUGUGAUCUCGAAAAAGUGGUCGACACUCCCGAGUUGACCAAGGCACCGCUGAGCUUGACUCAGAAUGAAUCGCCGGACAAUAAUAAUAUGAUGGACCGUAAUGCCGACACUGUCAAAGAUGCAGCUGCAGAGACUGACGAACGAAAUUCCUUGGCGCCUGGAAUGGUCCUGGAACUCGUAAAUCCUAUAAAACUGUCGUGCAUUCAUGCUGCUGUUGUAUCUAAGGUCGCCCAAGACGGUGCAGUAGAAGUCAUGUACAGUUUAUGUGAACAAGUGACAUCCAAAGAUGAAUAUUCGACUGAAAAACAAUACGUCAAAUCUGAGCGCACGUCCGUAAAAAUUGAGAAAGCUGAAGAGAAUGAACCAUGCAACGAUCUUCCGAUUCCUGACUUUGACCGUGCAGAAAACUUCGGGUUGAAGACUCGUUUAUUAGAUGCCUGCAAGUACUCAACCUAUAUGAAUGACUAUUUGCUGCUACCAACUGGAUUCUGUCAAGAAUUUGGAGCUAUCUUACAUCCGUUGAAAACUGAACAUCUAAAACCCCAUUUAUCAACUGUUGAUUGUAAAGACUAUUCUGUUCCUGUGAUGGCUACAACCAACUUAAAUUCUUCCGUGUUGCCUGACGUCCAAACCCACGAACUAGCAUCUGAAACGAAAGUUAAUGCAACCACAAAAUCAAAUGAAAAUGUUGCUUUGCCAUCAGUUGUUCGGUGCGAGUUGUCAGACAAAACAGUUCCUGAUAGUAACUCUGGCAUCUCAUUUCCUGAAAUUCAACAUGAAAGCGUAGACCUUGGCGCCCAUUCAAAUAAACAAGACCCAGAAAAAUCUGAAGUGGAUGCAAUUGCAAAAAUAUCAUUGCCUUCAAUCAAGAAAUGCCACGGAAAACUCGACGUUGCUUUGUCUCUGGAUGGUUCUGAUGAAGCCAUUUUACCUGAAUUACCAAAAAUGCAUGACAAGAGCAAAAGUGUGUCUUUGCCCAUUGAGGGACUCGACGAAGGAAAAUUAAUGCUUGUCAAAGACCGCGAUCACAACGACAGCACAGAUUUUAUCGAUAUUGAUGUAGAGAUCAUAGACGAGACCUACUCAGAGAGCUCGUGUGAUAUGGAGAUGGAUUCUGAACAAACUCCGCCGACUAACGAGUCUCCAAACAAGGCAGUGCAGGAUGGAACGGUUGUUGUCGACGAGUGUUUGGACGAAAGACCCGCAUCUCCUAUUGGCGUUAAUUGUUAUAAAUGCCAUCAGAGCUUUGAAUGGGAAACAUUCCUGGCCGCAAACCCAUCGCAUGUAAGGGUUCCUCUUUCUUAUUUUUCCUUCAUUCCACUCAAUGCUGACACUGAGUUUUCUGCUGGUCACAAACUUGAAGUCGUUCAUCCUGAAGAUCCAAGUCUGAUAUGUGCAGCCACCAUUGCUGCUACCACGGGACAUUUGUUGUGGCUUCGCGUAGACUCGCUUCCUAACCCAGGUCUGACCUCGGCCGAAUCUGAGGCAUCUUCAGGAAAUGGUAGUUCACAGUUAUCAAACCUCGUCAAGGAAGUUGACCCAGGGGUUCAACACUUGUUCUGCGACUGCGAGAAGCCUAAUCGAAUCCUAAUUGAACACAUUUCAUCCCUUGACGUUUUUCCUGUCGGUUGGGCUCAUAGCAACCACGCACCAUUCGUCUUUCCUCCACCAAAAACCAGCGUGAACGUGCCAGUGAUCCGAAUGAAGAGGUUUAGCGCGUCCAGUGCUUCAGACAGCAAUGCUGCCAGGAGAUCUCGAGACUUCAACUCUCUGAAACUCGGAUCAAUCAUUGCGCCGGACGGAACCCACCGAAGCCGGUGGUGUCCAACCCUCUACCUCAACCAUUGCUGUUGGCCUGGGCCCUACCUCUCCAGUGCUAAACUGGGUAACUUCUUUGCUGUGACGUAG